UAGGCAAGGGUGGCAAGGUAUCGUGAGAUGCAAGGCAGCUCUUAAAAAGGCUGCCGUUGUUCACUGGGCGUUACAUUCGCGCGGGUUGUAAGGCGACAAACCUCAUCCAUUGACUCAUCUGUUUGUUACAAACAGCAGCAGCAGCAGCAGGUCCUUUCACGAAGCUUUGCGGCAAAUCUAGUGCACAAUAUGUUUAAGGCUUUGGUACUUUCGGCGGUGUCGGCGACUGCCUUAGCUGGACAUCACUAUACGCCGCUUUAUGCCACGUCUUCCCACUUUCAGCCGUUGUAUACCGCAGCUGCCAACGUCAAAGAGGUCCACGAAGAACCCGUAUAUGCCCCUCAGCCUUAUUCUUUCGGCUACGACACGGUAGACGAGUACGGAAACAAACAGUUCCGACAAGAGACUUCCGAUGCCAACAAUGCCAAAAGAGGCUCGUACGGUUAUACUGAUGCUGACGGUAUCUACCGGAGGGUUGACUAUGUCGCGGACGCAGCAGGAUUUCGUGCUACCAUAUCCACAAAUGAGCCAGGCACCAAGGCUGGACAGUCUGCUGAUGCCGUUUUCAACGCCCCUGAAGGCGUGAAAACUUCUGCUCCAGUCGUGAAGGCAGCCUCUGCUUACUUAGCGCCCACGUACGUUGCUCCCGCGUAUGCACCUGCCGUGAAGCCCGGAUAUGGUUUUGGAUACCGUAAGCGAGCCUAAGUAUAGCUAUAGUUAGAAGUGUCCCGAUUAGUUUUAUGAUCUAUCAUUGACUUGGCAGUAAUUUUAUGUAAAUUUCCAUCCGUAUCGAAAGUAGAUCAAUUUUAUGUCAGUCGAACGGGCAAACUGGAUUCUCUCGGAUCUUGGUGCAAUGUGAAAGUAAACCCUUGCGGUAAUUUAUAUGCUUGAAAACGACUCGAGAUCACUAACCUAAAGAGUUAGGGUCAUACAUUUUGUAAGUAGAAGAAAUCUUCACAGACGGUCACGUCAUACAUGUCACGUGUUAUGGCCAUCAAUCAAUCACAGCCUGCUUCUGGCUACAAGAACUCCAUUUUCAUGACAGGUGUUUUGCACAUUUAGGAGUGAGGUCUAGAUGGAGAAAUUUAAGUUAUUGUUCACGAUACAUUUUAUUUAUCCAAACUAACCGCAAUGCUGCUUCCGCUUUAUUUUUAAUUUCGACAUUUUGUGUACGCUAUAACCUGACACACAGAUUUCCAUUAAAAUUUCAUCGUUUGAAAACGUCGUAUUCACUUAAUCCUCUCUUUAGUUCCCUAAUUAUAUGACAAAGAUACAUCAAAGCGUAUCGCACUCUGUACAUAGAGUUACUUUUCAUUUUUCGUAAAGGGCCCAUUGAUAUUCUCCCCCUACGUUUUUCUACAAAUUUGAAUUUCGAUAGCGUUUUGUUAUAUAUGCGUAAAUGGCGAAAAAAAAAAAAAAAAACAGAGAACAAUUCAUAAAAACAAUAGAAAUCGUACUAAUAAUCAUACUUAAUUUUGAAUAAACCUUACGUUAAGAAA